CGGUGCGCUCGGUUGAAGGUCCCUUUUGUGUUCGCCUUGCCUUAGUCACACUCGUCUCUCUCCGCUAAGCUUCACCGACGCUCUAUCUGCUUCUUUUCGGGUGUCUUUUAUGAAUAAUCAAAAGCAGCAAAAGCCGACGCUUACAGGCCAGCGUUUCAAAACGAGGAAAAGAGAUGAAAAGGAGAGGUUUGACCCUACUCAGUUUCAAGAAAGUAUUGUACAAGGCUUGAAUCAAACUGGCACUGAUUUGGAGGCAGUUGCAAAGUUCCUCGAUGCCUCUGGUGCCAAACUCGACUACCGCCGGUAUGCAGAGACACUCUUUGACAUCCUGGUGGCUGGCGGCAUGCUGGCCCCAGGAGGGACUCUGUCUGAUGACAUGACCCGAACUGAGUUCUGCCUCUUCACGGCACAAGAAGAUCUUGAGACAAUGCAAGCAUAUGCUCAGGUUUUUAACAAGCUGAUCAGGCGCUACAAAUACUUGGAGAAGGGUUUUGAGGAAGAGAUCAAGAAGUUACUGCUAUUCCUCAAAGGGUUCACAGAGUCUGAGCGCAACAAGCUGGCCAUGCUGGCUGGCAUCCUCCUGGCCAACGGCAGCAUCUCUGCCUCCAUCCUGAACAGCCUCUUCAAUGAGAACCUGGUCAAAGAAGGUGUCUCUGCUGCUUUCGCUGUCAAACUUUUCAAAUCCUGGAUCAACGAGAAGGACAUCAACUCUGUGGCUGGCAGUCUGCGCAAAGUGGGCAUGGACAACCGGCUCAUGGAACUGUUCCCUGCCAACAAGAGGAGCUGUGAGCAUUUCUCAAAGUACUUUAACGAGGCCGGUCUGAAGGAAAUCUCAGACUUCGCCCGCAAUCAGCUGUCCAUUGGAGCUCGCAAAGAGCUGCAGAAGGAGCUCCAGGAGCAGAUGGCCCGCAGCGACCCCAUCAAGGAGAUUAUCGCCUACACCAGAGAUGAGAUGAAGAAGGCCGGCCUGUCUGAACAGACAAUAAUCGGCAUCAUCUGGAGCAGUGUGAUGAGCUCUGUGGAGUGGAACAAGAAGGAGGAGCUGGUCACUGAACAAGCCAUCAAACACUUGAAGCAAUACAGCCCUCUGCUGAAGGCAUUCACCUCGCAGAGCCAGUCGGAGCUCAGCCUGCUGCUGAAGAUCCAGGAGUACUGCUACGACAACAUCCACUUCAUGAAGGCCUUCCAGAAGAUCGUGGUGCUGCUCUAUAAAGCCGAUGUCCUCAGUGAAGAGGCCAUCCUCAAGUGGUACUCUGAGGCCCACCUGGCCAAGGGCAAGAGCGUGUUCCUGGAGCAGAUGAAGAAGUUUGUGGAGUGGCUCAAGAACGCUGAGGAAGAGUCUGAGUCUGAGGAGGAGGAGGCAGACUAGGCCACAGCCACAUAUGUGUUGUGGUUGUAUUUGCAGCAGGAGCAGUAGAAUGUUCCACCUUGUUUCUCUUCUACCUCUGCUCUAUCCCCCACGGCCCACACGAUGACCCACACGACGAGCCUCCCACCGAGCCUCCCACCGGUGAGCCCUGGCUGAAGGCACAAACAAUCCUCCUGUUUUGGGCCCUUACCGCCUUCAGUCUUUAGUUUGAAAACAUUCCAUGUGAUUUAGGUGACCACAGCUGGCAAAGCCCAUCAUUGGAGAAUCUGUUGCCAUCGAGUAUUCCUGAGCUGUCAUUGGCCCCGUUUAGUCCCAGUUUUUGUUGUAACGUUGCUGAGCUGCAGUGUCACACACUGUCAGUGUAGAAGAGCCAGCUCCUCGCCAGCAAAUGCAUUACUGUUGGUUUCUACUUUCUUUAACCUGAUACAAAACUAAUUGACUUUUUUAUGAAUAAAAAGUUAUUAAAUCAUAA